UUUGUGUUUCAUGCUGUUUGAGGGAUUUUAAAUUAUUUGGACUAUUUUAUUGAGAAUUUAUGUUUUUUUCACUUUAUUGUUUUAUCUAUCCUAAGAAACAUUAAGGACAUUAUUUUACAGCAAUGGGAAUCCUGGCAUUUUGGCUUCACUAAUUCUCCUUUGCCAAUUCAAUAUGUCAGUAAUAUUUUAUACAAACUAGAAGGCAGUGUUAAAUUACAAAGAAAUAAAAAAAAAUCAUCAAACAUUUGGAUUCUCACAAUGUUAUGAAGAGAUAGCUUACUGUUCAUAAUAGAAGGCCUUAACAGACGGAAUAAAAGGGUCACAGAUCAAGUACGCUUGUCAAGAUGUGGUUAUACAACCACACGUACACAAUGUAAAAGAAAGCAAUCCAGCCAAUAACAAGUGAGAGAAGGGAUUUAUGAGCUGUGAUGUGUGAAGUCCACCAUCAUAAAAUCUCAAGUAUUUGUGAAGAAAGAACCAUUUGAAUAUUCCGUCUCAUGUGUCAGAAACUGUUGUAAGCUAUUAAAUAUAAGACAUCUGGACAUUUAACGAAGACUCUUCACUGGACUCUCAAUGUAAGUAAUCAGUCUGCAGUAGUAUGUUGCUUUGUACAUUGCAUGACUGAAAAGACAGAAAAGAGGCAAAAAAUUUAAGUUGCUGAAAGAAAUUGGCAAAAGAUUAAUCACAUUAAAAGCAGCGAGCAACUGAACCAAAGACCUGGGAGGAGUGACUGUUGUCCUAAUGCAAAGCCUAAUGCUUAGAAUGAAUAUAAAUAAUAACCCAUGGACAAAAUGCAGCAUGUAGCCUAAAAUAUGAUCUGAAAGGUAAAUGUUUGUAUUCACUAGUAGUUCUACUCAUGGUCUCUCUGGGCUCAUUUGUUAUGAGUUUUGCAAAGCAUCGGGAAGAGCAUGCAUACCUUCUGAAUAAAAUGAGAGAAACAGUGAUCUCUAUAGUAGAGAUUUUAGGCUACGUAGUCUAUACCAGGAGUCCGCUGGAGAGCUACUUUUACAAAACACUAAUGGUAGAAGGCAAUUCCUUUUUCUGAAUCAAGCUGACAGUGGGGGCCACUAUAGAUGGGGUAUAGUUAGAGAGUUAAGGUAAAUAUACAAAUUUUCUCUAACUUUUUUCCUCUUAUUCCUUAGAUUUGUGAUGCUUUGGGCUUUGUAUGUGACCCUCUGCAUGUUACUUCCAUGUAUUGUUCAUGGGGGAAAAGUGCUUGUGUUUCCGAUGGAGGGGAGCCAUUGGGUGAACAUGAAGGUUCUCAUUGAAGAACUACAUUCGAGAGGCCAUGAGAUUACAGUGGUUCGCUCCACUGACAGUUGGUACGUCAAGGAAAACUCCCAGUUGUACACUUCACUCACAGUGAACUUUCCCUCUGGAUUUGAUGAAAAGCUCCUAUCUGAUUAUAUUUCUAAUCUGUUGGAAAUCCAAAGACAAGGAAAGUCUGCCUGGACACGUUUCAGUCUUGAAAUUGAGAAUACACAGAAAGGUAUUGAAAUCAAUAGAAAAUGUAGUGAAAUGAUACAAGGUCUCAUGGAAGAUGAAAUUAAAAUGAAGUUCAUUCGUGAUUCAAAAUUUGAUCUCAUUUUGACUGACCCUGUCAUUCCCACUGGAGUUAUCAUUGCCCACUAUCUGGGUGUGCCUCUUGUCUAUAAUGUCAGAUGGGCCACUUUGGGUGAAGCUCAUUUAUCAUUUGCACCUUCUCCUCUGUCCUACAUACCAAUGACUGGGACUAUGUUCUCAGAUAAAAUGAGCUUUUUUGAGCGAGUUAUUAAUGUUUUAGUAUAUGCAAUGGGAUACAUUCAAGUAUCUUAUUGUGUUUCACCAUAUCAAAGUCUAAUUGAAAAGUAUUUAGGCCCAGAUAAUGACUAUUUUUCCAUCUUUUUAAAAGCUGACCUUUGGCUCAUGAGAGUGGACUUUGUGUUUGAGUUUCCACGUCCUACAAUGCCUAAUGUGGUCUAUAUGGGAGGGUUCCAGUGUAAACCUGCUAAACCACUCCCUCCACACUUAGAGGACUUUGUUCAAAGCUCUGGAGAACAUGGAGUUAUAAUAAUGUCACUUGGGACUUUAAUUGGCUCUCUACCACAUGACCUCAGUGAGGAGAUUGCAGCAGCCUUUGCCAAAUUACCACAGAAAGUAAUCUGGCGAUACACAGGGGACAAGCCAUCUACUCUGGGAAACAACACGUUACUCGUUGAAUGGAUGCCUCAGAAUGACCUCCUUGGACAUCCAAAGACUAAAGUUUUUGUAGCCCAUGGAGGAACAAAUGGUGUCCAAGAGGCAAUGUAUCACGGAGUCCCAAUUUUAGGGCUGCCUCUAAUUUUUGAUCAGCCAGAUAAUCUGUUCAGAAUUGAAGAAAGACAAGCAGGAAAGAUAAUAGAUAUCUUCACAAUGAAUAGGGAUAUAUUUUAUGAAAGUCUUCAGGAAGUUUUACAUGAGCCAUCUUACAGGAAUAAUAUGCAAAGACUGUCCAGACUACACAGAGACCACGCAAUGAACCCCCUGAACAACGCCAUCUUCUGGAUAGAGUUUGUCAUGAGACACAAAGGAGCGGCUCACCUCAGAACAGAAUCAUACAAAAUGCCCUGGUAUUCCUACCACUCUGUAGAUGUAAUCUUCUUCUUAGGUGGAGUUUGUUUUUUAACUUUGAUUUGCCUUGUUGCCCUCUUCCAAAGUUUAUACAAAACAUGUUUUACUAGAGUGAAAAGAAAAAUGAAUUAACAUUACACCUAAAAACAUUAUUUGUUAUUGAUUUGUUAUUAUGUUUAGUUAUACACUCUGACAUAGUCAGAUAGUUCCAAUCACUAAUACUGUGGAAUAUCUUUUGAUAUGAAUAACUCAAGGCAACCGAAACAGUGAAAUGCCUCCUGCUCCCUUCUGCUAGAGUGCCAUUAUCACAUUUUAGAAUCGGAAAAUGUUUCAGCUAUAACUGUAAUAAGCAUUAAACAUCCCAUGUGUAUGAAUGAGCAAACAUCAGAGGUGAGAUGUUAAUGUAUGGCCAGAAGCAUGAUAAUAUAUGAGUAAUAUGUAAAUUACAUUUUCUUUGAUACAUUAAAACAACAUAGCAAUUACAAAAUAAUCACAACUAAACCCAUUAUCACAUUAAAAACGUACUCAAACAUUGUACUCAAAGUACCAAAUAAUAAUAAUAAAAAUGUUUCAUCAAAUGUGUCCAAAUUUGUAAGUAAAUGUUAAACUCCAGAGCAUGUGUCUUUAAAUCUGAUUAUUGGACAAAAAAAUCAGACCACUUACUCUUACUAUCAGCAUAUAUGUUUAAACACUGCAAACAAAAAAGUGUGGCACUAAUUACAUAAUAUUAGCUGCCAAGUUAAGAAUACUUAACAUGAACCAAAGUCACAACUGACUGCACUUACUGUGUAAAUGUAAAAGUACAUUAAUACAAUAUAGAACAUAUCUAGUAAAAGCAUAAAGUUCACUGAAAUGUGGCUAGUGUGAGUUGAAGAAUCAGGUUUCAAAUGAUUUUUUUUUCUAGUUUUUGUUCCACUGUCUUCACAAAAACUCUAUAAAAACUUCAUGAUGUCAUAAGACAAAUGUUAAUGCUUCAUUUGAUGGGUCUCUCUUAUUUAAAAAUGUCAUGUUUAUCUUGUUAUAAAUCAUAACUAAAAUAAAAUUAAAUGUUUUACAUAUGCAUGUAUAAUGGAUUCAUUGCAUUUAAACACAUUGAAAUUAAAGGUCUUUACCUAAUCAACAAUAAUAACUAGACCAAUAACUAGAUGGAUGUUUAUGUAAUUUCAGCAGCACAGGAAAUUUUG